AUGGCUUCCACUUUGAUCCCUCAAGCGAUGUGGGACAAAGUCAACCAUUCUACACGGAGAAUCGGAGAUAAAGCUUUUUUUCUUAUAAAUAAAAAGAUACAAAAAAAACGUGCAUCCCACACCUUUCCCACUUUCUAUAUUACUCCAUUUCCACCACCACCAGUUUCUCAGACCACCACUUCUAUUCCAAUGGCCGGCUCACGAAAACCACCACCGCUACCACCGCCACCACCAUCAUCAUCUCCGUCACCCUCCCGGUCACCGGGAGUAUCCCUUCAACCAUCAUCCCCAAGAAAAAAUCCAUCAAAAUCAACAAAAAUGUUCCGCCGUGUCCGCUCCGUUUUCCGAUCAUUCCCCAUCAUAACCCCCGCCGCCUGUAAAUUCCCCGUAUCCCUCCAUAACCACCACCAUGACAACCACCACAUCCCCGGAGGAACCCGGAUGACCGGAACCCUAUUCGGCUACCGCAAAACCCGAAUCAAUCUUGCAAUCCAAGAAAACCCUAGGUGUUUGCCGGUGCUUUUACUGGAACUUUCAAUGCCGACGGGGAAACUACUCCAAGAAAUGGGGUUAGGGCUCGUUAGGAUCGCGAUGGAGUGUGAGAAACGAAGUGGGAAGACGAAGCUCGUUGAUGAACCCAUAUGGACGAUGUAUUGUAAUGGUCGGAAAAUGGGUUAUGGUGUGAAAAGAGAACCUACAGAUGAUGACUUGUAUGUUAUGCAGCUGCUUCACGCUAUAUCUAUGGGUGCCGGCGUUCUUCCAACCGCCGGAGACAACAAUACCAGUGAUAAUGCAACCGCCGUUACUGCAACAGCUCCGUCAACUGAUGGAGAAUUAACGUACAUGCGUGCACAUUUUGAGCGAGUGAUCGGAUCAAAAGAUUCAGAGACAUAUUACAUGAUGAAUCCAGAUGGUAGCAGUGGUCCAGAAUUAAGUAUCUUUUUUGUGCGAGUUUGAAUACGUUUUCCGAUUGUUUUUUUUAAAAUAGAUAACAUAUAAGUAGGGAUUUGAAAAUGUACGUAACUUUUGAAGUACUUAAGUCUUAACACAUAGCAAAUACACAAUAUCAAUUGUGUUAAAGUUCUGAACAUACUAUGUUAAACGUUUGACAUCGAUUGUUUUCUAUUCUUUCCGUUUGUUAUGAUAUAUAGCUCUUUUAAUUGUGAUAAGUUUGAUGAUAUAUUAAUUAAUGAUGGUUAACGUUUACCCAUAUUGAUUUGGUUUAUAAGUUUCUGUA